UCUAUUUUCGCUGCCUGACCACAAAUUAUAUUAUAUUGUUCUUACUACAAAAAAGUGUCCUCUCGCUCUCAGUUUCUCUGUUAGCUGCAACUGAGGUAUUUUCAUGGCUUCCCUUACUGCAAGUCUGCUCCCGCCAUUGCUUUUACAAGAUACAAAGACCCUUUUCAGGACUUGUCGGAAACCCUUAGUUUCUUAUACUGGAGCAAGGCGGAACUGUGCUGUUAUUGUGAAGGCUACAGUUGAUAGCUCAGAGUCUUCAACCUUGCUUAGUAUUGUCAAGUCUGUGCGAAAUGUUUGGGAUAAAUCUGAUGAAGAUAAGGUAGGUCUCAUUGGUCUGGGAUUUGCAGCUAUAGUGGCCCUGCGGACAUCGACGGAUGUGAUUUCGGCUGUUGACAAAUUGCCAAUUAUCCCAGUUGUGCUAGAAAUCAUUGGAAUAUUGUUUUCUACAUGGUUUGUUUACCGGUAUCUCUUGUUAAAACCAAAUCGGGAAGAACUGUACCAAAUCAUUAACAAGACGAUAUCAGAAAUAUUUGGACAGUGAAUUAUGGUGCUAAAGAUGUGAUCGAGGAAUGAGGAUCAACCCUGCAAUUCGAAUGCAGUUUGUUGCAGUGGCGUCUAAAUAUGGCAUCUGUUUUUAUGGUGUAAUCUUUAACAGUAUUACUGUGAUGUGUGAUGCUGUUCAACUUCAAAACACCACCUAAUUAUAAAUCACCUGAAAGUUGACCCAUGGGCCUCCA